GACGCCAGCGCGGAGCUCCAUUGGUUCGGCGUCAUGUCAGUCUGAAGUGAGACUAGUACCGAGCCGCAAGAAACUCCAACUCUAGCAGUAAAGACAGCAGCGCAGUACAGGAGGAUGAUGAUGCGGGUCUCCAGCACCGGGACCGGUUGAUCGGGUCAGACUCAUCGAUUACAGUGAUUCCAAAUCGGAAGGGAGACAUUUCAUACAAGCACGUUAAUUACUGGACAUCGGACUUCUCUGUGGUGUGCCAGCCCACUUUGGUCUCCCCAUGCCUCCUUCUCCUCUUGACGACAGAAUUGUGGUGGCGCUGCCAAGGCCGAUAAGACCUCAGGAACUCCAACUCUGCCUGGACACCAGCUACCUGGAAACCACCGUGGGCGCCGUCGGUAGGUCGACGGCAAUCAAAAGCACCACCGUGGUGAAGAUCCAGACGACCAAGCUUUCGUAUAUGCCCUCGUCCAGCAGCUCCACUCGCUCGCUCACGUGUGGAUGCAGCAGUACCAGCUGUUGCACUGUGACGACCUAUGAGAAAGACAGACGGAACCAGACCCUGAACCAGGUCAGCGCAAGCAGUCCCAACUUGAACUCUGGAGUCAGCUAUGGCAUCCACGAAAGUCCUCCGACAGCAAUGGUAGGCCACAGUGAGGCCUACAGCGUGCCCAGUCUCACCUCCAGCCUGGGCAGGUGCGGUUUGCGGGUCAUCCACCCCAAUGAGCUAGCCAAGAAGCUGACGCAUUGCCCCAUGGGCCACCCCGUCGGCUCGGUGCCAGUCAUCAUUGACUGUCGGCCCUUUAUGGAGUUUAACAAAUGUCACAUUAGGGGUGCGGUGCACAUCAACUGUUCGGACAAGAUCAGUCGCAGACGACUCCAGCAAGGGAAAAUCACAGUGCUGGAUCUCAUUUCUUGCCGUCAGAGUAAGGACUCCUUCAAGGGGAUUUUUUCCAAAGAGCUUGUGGUGUAUGAUGAAACCACUGUAGACCCAGGACGGUUAACACCAUCUCAGCCCCUGCAUGUGGUCCUGGAGUCUCUACGAAGGGAAGGGAAGGAUCCCAUCGUACUUAAAGGAGGUCUCGCUGGUUUCCGUCAGAGUCAUGUUGAUCUGUGUGAACACUCUCUCCACCUGGAUGAAAGACAGGACGGCAGUACCGACAUGGGCCUGUCGGGGGCGCUACCUCACUCUCUGCCCUCCACUCCUGACAUAGAGAACGCCGAGCUGACCACCAUCCUCCCCUCUCUGUUCCUCGGCAACGAGCGAGAUGCUCAAGAUCUGGAGCAAAUGCAGCGAAUGAACAUCAGUUACAUCCUGAACGUCACCACACACCUGCCGCUGUAUCACUACGACCUUGGACUCUUCAACUAUAAGCGUUUACCCGCCAGUGACAGCAACAAACAGAACCUGCGGCAGUACUUCGAGGAGGCCUUUGAGUUUAUAGAAGAAGCCCAUCAGGCCGGUCGGGGUCUCCUCAUCCACUGUCAGGCUGGCGUGUCACGAUCGGCCACCAUAGUCAUCGCUUACCUGAUGAAACACACCUGGAUGACGAUGACAGACGCCUACAAGUUUGUCAAAUCCCGACGGCCGAUUAUCUCCCCCAACCUCAACUUCAUGGGUCAGCUUUUAGAGUUCGAAGAAGACCUGAAUAACGGCGUCACUCCGCGUAUACUCACACCCAAACUCACCGGCGUUGAGACUGCCGUAUAGUAUAGGAUUUGAGUUUGGUAAGAGAGGCCUACGAGAUGAUAUCCAAUCAGUAAAAGAGGAUCUAUUUUUUGGGAUAAAUGAGGAUUUCUUACCAGAAUAUCCUGUUAUGUUGCCAUUUAAGGCACCUUUUCUUCAUUCUCAACCCAUAUGGAUGAGAUUUUUUGGACGAGGUUUAAACAGAGAAUGAGGAAAAUGCUAAACAAACCAUCUUUUGCUAUCCGGUCCUGCCAGAGUUAGGACAAACACUGUGUUGCGGUCAUACGUUUGUUAUUUGGCCGCUGGUGCUGCUUGAAGCCCCCAAGUGAGUCUGGCUUUUCGCCUGUCUGAAAAGAUGAAGGCUUGUUUGUUGUUCCAACGUUCUUAUUCUAUUUUAUACUGUCGUGGCCAUGACAAGCCGACAGUGGCAUCACUGUGCAAUAAUUUCAGAGUGGAACACAACCAGGGGUUUGAUGUGUAUAUAAAGACUUACAGGCCACCUAGUUUUAUACUUUAUUUUUGUUUUUUGUUAUAGCUCUUUUCAUUCGAGUUCAGUUUAACGGUGAUGAUCUCUAUAGCAGAUGAUCUUUAUGGUGUCAUCAAAGCAUUUAUCAUGCAUACAAACAGCUGAAAUCAGUUUUAUGUGCUGUAUGUUUGUGACUUUCUGUGUAUUUGUUUGUCAUUAUUUCCAUAAUUGACAAUCAGAACAACUUGUUUUGCAACUUCAUUUGAAAGUUCUUUAACGGAAUGUUCCGGGUUCAAGAGAAGUUAAGCUCAAUCGACAGCAUUUGUGGCAUAAUGUUGAUUACUGCAAAUAAUAAAUUUUCUUUAAAAAAAGCACAAAUCUGCGUUCCAGUGAGGCACUUACAAUGGAAGUGAAUGGGGUCAAUCUGUAAACAUUAAUAUACUCACUGUUUCAAAAGUAUAGCCACAAAAUAUAUAUGUUAACAUGAUUUUAGUGUGUUAAAAUUGCUUACUAACCUUUUCAGUGUAAAGUUGUCAUAUAGUUUUAUACUUCGUUGCCAUGACAACACAACUCUAUAAACCCGGUAAUGUAGUAGUCCGCUGCAAAAACAAAGAUUUAAACUUUACAGCUCAGUUUUAACAGAAGAAUUAACCUCUUCUGCAUUUUUGCCCCCAAAUUAAAAAAAAAGACUCCAAUUAUUCAUGUAAUAAUAUUGUAAUAUGUUUACAAUCUCAUGAUGAAUAAAAUUAUUAUUAUUAUUAUUAUUAUUAUUAUUUUGUCUUGAAUUUGUAAGCAUGUAAUUCUGGUUCUGUUCACCCCAUCUCCCUUUAUAUAGUCUUAUUUUAUACCACUAGAUGGCAGCAAGUACUAGAAAAUUUUUUAUUUUUCCUGAAAUGUAGGUGGCACUAUAAAUCACUUUAGCCCUCGCAGAUGUAUAAAAGAGACGUUUGUAUUUGAUGACUUACAAAUGUCAUAUUUCACUUUGAGAUUAUUUUGAAAAUAUUUUAAACUGUGGAAUUAGGGCAACAAAAUAAACUGUACAGUCACAUUUCUGAGAAUGAGAGCUUUCAUUUGAUAUAUGAGUUGUCUGUUUAAGUGCUAUUUUAGUCUUUUAUAUUCAUAUUAAUAUUUCUACCACAUGACCACUAGGUGGCGCUUAUUUGCGACGCAGAUGUUUUAAGGAUGUGAUGGUUAUCUCUAAAAAGUUCAGAUUCUACGUUUUCAAAGGACAUCCUAUAUGCCUGAUGACAAGUUGAGCAUUGUAAUCGUAAACUUUUUGGUGAUAUAGUGCCCCCUUUUGAAGAGGUUUUAAUGUAAGUGCUUUUAUAAAAUUAUAAGCUUCACAUUUCUGCUUUUAAACCCUCCAAAAAUUGGACCCAUUCACUUCAAUUGUAAGUGCCUCACUGGAACUUCCAUUUUUCCUUUUUGUAAAGAAAAAGAGGGACGAGUCAAAUGAUUUGUGCUGGUAAUCAGGAUGGUGCCACAAAUGCUGUCAAUGGAGCUGUCGCUUGUACUGAACCCAGAAUAUUCCUUUAAUAAUAAAUUAGUGCAUGAUUACUAAUAGCAUAUGGAAAAGUAUAAAAUAUACUAUAUGGCUAUGGUAUUAUCUAUAUAUAGUUAAAACCAUUUGCUUGAGGAGUUAAGAAAUAGUGCACCCUUAUGACUUCUUGACUUCUUCCCCAUUCACUUUGAUUAUAUGGAAAAGAGCAGCCAAAACAUUCUGCAAAAUUUCUCUUCGUGUGCUCUACAGAAGAAAGAAAGUCAUAGGGGUUUAGAAUAACAUGAGGGCAAGUAAAUGAUGUCAUUUUUGGGGUGAACUAUCGCUUUAAGUCACCACUGCACAUUCAGUCUUCUUGAUCUGUGUGUGAGAAGAGACAAGUAUUUAACGUGCAUUAUGCUUGUAUGUUUUCUGUUUGAAUGAUUCACUGUGUUCCAAUAAGUUCAUGUGAAAUGUUCUUUCGAGACCUCAAACUGGCCAGAUGGUUUGAAACCAGACAAAUUUGUGGUUGUGAAUUUCUAUUUCUGUGCACAUGUCAAAAUUUGCUUCAAUAAUAAUAAUAAUAAUAAUAAUAGUGCCUCUGUUGGUGCCUUAAAUCAUGUUAAUCUCUUUUUUGUGACUUUUUGUUUGUUUUUGAGUGUGUUAGAGGUGACGGCUUUAAACCAGAAUUUAUUUUUGAGCAUCAUGGGUGUCUCAUGUGUUUUUAACGUGUUAAAUCAUCAGAAGGCUAGUUACACAUCAGUAAGUUCUUAUUUAUCAUAAAAGAACUCAAAUGCUGUGAAUGAACAAAACUCUGGGCUUGUUUAAAGUUUUAAAUGCAAAGUGUAAAACAAACAGUUUAUUAUUUUUUUUUUUGUAUGCAACCUGUCAAAAUCUCUUAGCAUAAUCAAGGUGUUUUCUCAAUAAAACCUUUUUAUUUUUCAGCUUUUACACUUUCUGCACUUUGGCUGUCAAAUUUUGAAAAUUAGCAUAUUACUGCUUUUGUUUACUUAGAGAUAGUACACCUACAAGCAUUACUAGUUUGAUGAAUUAAAUGACUUAAAUAAAUAAAUAAAUAUCAAUAUGCAGAAAAAAGGGUGCCAGAUAUAAUGUUGAAGCCUUUAUACAUAACACAAUGAAAAUUUUUUUAUAUGUUAUUUUUGGGCUCUUAUUGAUAAUAAUAUUAUCAAUAUAAAUAUGGUACAAUUGAUCUUUUAUCGAUAAUAAUACUAUAAAAUUAUAAUAACUAUAAUAAUAAUAAUAAGAAGAAGAAUUAUAAUAAUAAUAAUUAUAAUUAUUAUUACUAUUAUUAUUAUUAUUGUUGUUAUUAUUAUAGUUAUGAUAUUUUUUUUAUAUUAUUAUCGAGAACAGAAAAUGUUUACCAUAUUUAUAUCAAUAAAAAAAGUUAAUAAUAAUAAUAAUAAAAGUGGGUAUUAUUAUUAUAAUUAAUAUUAUUAUUGUUAUUAUUUAUAAUAAUAAUAAUAAAAGUUGGUAUUAUUAUUAUGAGUAGUAGUAGUAGUAGUAAUAAUAAUUAUAAUAAUAAUAAUAAUUAUUAUUAUUAUUAUUAUUAUUAUAAACCCAGAAACCCUGUUAAUCUCUUCUUAACUUGGUUGAGACUUGAAUUAAACUUUAUAUACAGCUAACAAAUCUUUUUUUGCCACCAUGUCAGAAAACAACCUACAUGUUCAUUUUUUUACCUUUCUUAUUUCUUGCUGCAGCUUCAACCUCUUAUAAACCAACAGAACAUAUCAUAAAAUUAAAAUGUUGGAUGACAAUAACUGAAUGCAAAGCACAUUUUUAAUAUUGAAAUAAAUUGCAGCAAAGAUUUUCUGUAUAUUUACUGCUGAAAAAUUGCAAAAAUUCUGUAACAUUUACAUUCAGCUGAUGUGAAAUGUAAGUUGCAGUCUCUUUAUGUUUAAACGCUUGUUUUAUGUCACUUUUAUGUAACACUGUGUUUGUAUGAGUGCAACACUGGAACAUCGGACUCCAGUUCAAGGAUUUAAAGGGCAAAAAACUUUUCUGGGUGCAUUCAUGAAAAUAUGGGAUUUUUGCAGCUCUUCACAGAGAUUUGCCAAUGGAUCUCAAUGCAUCGUUUAUAUUUUUUGCACUGUUUAUUUUUAUUUUUUAUGAAUUAUUUUUUCCACAAAGGUGCUAUAAUGCUGGAGGCCUUCCACACUGUUUGCAUGACCUGCUUUGGUAAAGUCUCUUCCUGUAAGCCGAGAGCUCUAUUUAAAAUGUCAGAGUUGAAAACAGUGUUAUUUUUUUAAUGUGGGGUUUGGAAAUAAACAACAGAAAGAGAAACA